CUUCCCUGGACGGUUGAUGAAUUGAGAAACCAAGAAGAAGCUACAAAAGCUGGUUUCCUGUAUAUGACUGAUAUGAUGUGGAUUCAUCCCAGCCUCUCUUCUUCUCAGGAGUUAUCUAAUACCCCGGAUAUACUCAUCGUUAGGUUAGCUCGAGCAAUUCCAGCAUUUUCGGACAGUGUCCGACCAAUUUGUCUCGCAACUCCAGACUUAGCUGACUACCCGCCCUGUCCAGAUAUGGCAGUGGACAGGCCUGCAAAUCAGGGGGAACUAGGACAUAUCAAUUUUAGGAUGAAGGGUGGAUGUGGAAUAGUAGCAGGUUGGGGAGUGAGAAUAUCUGACAAAAAUGUUGGUUCAACUUGUCUAACAGCUCCUAGCGUUGAGUUCCCUGGCCGAGCAUCUAAGUGCGAGAAGUCCUGGCCGGUAGCCGGCAUCAUGACAACAGAUUGUACAUUAACUAAUCCUGAACCUGACGAUUUCUCACCGUCGUGUCAGGAAUUCAUGAAAGAAGCAAACUUCCAGAAUAUGGUUCCAGGUUCACAGAACUGGAGCUAUGGAGAUUUCAACGCUAUUGCUAACUCAGCUCCAGUUAAGAUUGUUGAUCUUGCAAAGGAAAAUGCAACUUAUAUUUGUAGCACCACAGAUAUACAGAUGGUCUCGAAGCGAUAUCUGGCAGAAAACCCCGGUCCUGACUCAAAGUUUCCGGGUUGGUGUGCAACAGAGCUUGUCAAAAAUAAGCACAUGAAGUUUAAUGAAGAGUAUGAGAUGUGUGCGGGGAAAAAAACAAUUCUGCCAUCACAACGCUAUGAGUUUGUGAAAGUAAGGAAGACCAAGGAAGAGUUGACAGCUGACGCAAUUGCGUAUCAAAAUGUAAAAGGAGACCCUGCUAAGGAAAAGAUUAGCCGUCCCUCCAAAUAUAAAUAUUUAUUCCAAAGUUACAAACAGGACCUGACAGGACUACCUCAAGACUACCCGUACAACUGGUAUCUGGGAGGACGAGACUCCUGUCAAGGGGAUUCAGGAGGUCCAUUAUGGAGAAAUAUAAAGAUUAACGGGAAGUCUCUUGCCUUUCAACUGGGUAUUGUAUCACGUGGAGUUCAAUGUGCAACCUUUAACUCACCAGGGAUAUAUACCAGAGUCACGCUAAUGCACGAUUGGAUAAAGAAGACAAUUUCUGAGAAUUUGGGGGGAGAACCGAUAUGCCCGUGAUGUGAAAAAUAAAUUAUAUAAAAUGUUAAUUAUUUCUUAAAGAAUACAUAAUAAUGUUAAAA